AUGAAGGGAAACACAAUCGUCAUCAAGCUCGGCACCUCCUCAAUCUGCGACGAAAAAACACACGAACCACUCAUUGCAAACCUCUCCCUCCUCGUCGAAACAUGCGUCAAACUCCGUCGCUCAGGACACCGUGUCGUCAUCGUCUCAUCCGGCGGAAUCGGGAUGGGACUCCGUCGUAUGGAUCUCGCACGGCGUCCAAAAAAACUGGCGGCGGUUCAGGCGAUUGCGGCGGUUGGACAGUGUAGGUUGAUUGCGCUAUGGGACGAGUUGUUUAAACAGCUGCGGCAGCCUGUUGCGCAGAUCCUGUUAACGAAGAACGACAUCGCGGAUCGAACCCAGUAUCUCAACGCAGCGAAUACCUUGGGGGAAUUGUUGGCAAUGGGCGUAAUCCCAAUCGUUAACGAAAACGACACAAUCUCCGUCUCCGAAAUUAAAUUCGGGGAUAACGACACCCUAUCCGCCAUCACAGCCGGUAUGGUAAACGCCGACUAUCUGUUCCUCAUGACGGACGUGGAAUGCCUCUAUACCGCUAACCCACGAACCCACCCCGAUGCGGAACCGAUUGAGGUUGUGGUGGAUAUAGCUGAGUUGAAGGAACGGGCGGACGUUUCGGAAGCGGGGAGUGGGGUGGGCACGGGUGGCAUGAGGACGAAAUUGAUUGCGGCGGAGUUGGCGACGAGUGCGGGUUGUACGACGGUUAUUGCGCAUUCGUCCGUACCGACAAACAUCUUCCGGAUCGUCGAAUACAUCAACAACAUCCCCCGCCACACCCGCUUCCUCCCCCCACCCCCCUCCCACCGCGUCCGCGACCGCCAAUUCUGGCUCCUCAACGGCUUAACCGCUCACGGCCGUAUCUACAUCGACGACGGCGCCGCACGCGCACUAACUCGAACCGAGAAAGCAGGACUCUUGCCGGCUGGGGUAAGAGGCGUCGAGGGUGGAUUUCAGAGGAUGGAGUGUGUUGAUGUCGUUGCGCAGUGGCGGGAAGAAGUGAUAGGGAGGGCGCUAGUAAACUACUCCGCCCACGAAAUCGACAAGAUUAAGGGUAUCUCCCUAAAAAAAUCCGAAGGCGGGAUCGAAGCGAUAUUGGGGUAUGCGGAUGCGGAGUAUGUCGCCUUCAGGGAUAAUUUGGCGAUAUUGCCGGUUGUGAGGGAGAGGAGGGCGGAGGGAAGGGGGAACUGA